AUGCAAAAGCAAAGCCGAACGACGCGGACGUGCAUAGUGGUUAUACGGUUGCGGUAGCGAGAACGGGACAGCGUGUGUGUGUGCGACGACACAAAUUCGUAAUCUAAAUCGAAAUAAUAAUAUCAAGAAUAUCGUGUAAAUAAAUUCUAAUACGCCGGUUUUGCAACUCCAUUCAUCGCGAACGAAGUAAAAGCGAAAGAAAAGAAAGAAAUUCACGGCCAAAAAAAGCCGCAAAAUGCGCGCGUGUUUCUUGUAACCAAAAGCAAAGUUAAUUCGAAAAAGAAGAAGAAGCAGCAGCUGCAAGCGAAGCAAGCAAAUCAAUUCUUCAGCUGCAGCAGCAUUGUUUUUUUUUAUUGUUGUUCUUGUUUUUUUUUGUUGUUUUGAAAAGUGAGUGAGCGUUGAAAAUGCAAUUGAGAAAUGCAUAAUUAAUUAAUACAUAAUUCAAAAGCGCUACAAAAAAAGAAAAAAGAAAAGAAAAAACGCAAAAGAGAAACAGGAGCAAAGUGGUGAAGCCCGAAAAAACGGAAAGCAAAAAGAAAAAAAAGUGUUUCAAAUUGUGAAUCCUUCGAGGGAAUAUCCAUGGAUCGCAGCCAUUUGCCAUGCAAAUUCUUAACAAUAAGAUUGCCAUCAUCGAAGCCAUCAACGUUGUUUGUGUCGCCAGCUAACGGUCAAAGUUGAAAGUGAGCAGCAAAACAAAAAGCACAGCAACAACUACGUGCAAAAAAAAAAAGUCAUCGCCAUAAACUUCGGCCCUACGUCAGCGUCAAUAUUGUACGCGUUGAAUUCAAUCGAACGUCAGCGUCAACGCCAACGUCAGCGUCGCUGCAGCAGCCAAAACAGCUGAUUAACAUGCUGUUCAUGCCGUAACGGCUGGAAACUGCACUGCUAAUUGCCCACAACAACAAUAAGAAGAAGGAGACGAAGAAGGAGAACAAGCGAAAACCACAACAACAAAAAGGGUUGCAUUAAUUAAUCACAGUUUUAGCUGUCGCAAACAACAACAAGAGUAAGGCGAAGGAAAGCGAAAGGGAAGCACACGAAUCAAAUUAACAAAAGGAUUAAAAAGCUGAACGCCAAGCGAGACAGAGAGAGAGCGAGAGAGAGCGCUAAUACGCUGAGAUCAAGGCGACGCUCAAGCCAAGCUUUGCUUGGUGCGUGUGUGUGAGUGUGCGAGAGUGUGUGUGAAGCAAAGAGAGAGAAAAACAAAAAUGAGGCUGCCGCUGUUAACGCUGCUGUUAACGCAGCUAACAGUGCUGCUGCUGCUGCUAACAGAGGCGACAGUGGGCAACACGCAUCCCGACUGGAUACAGAACUGCAGCAAUUGCCAUUGUCAUUGGAAUUCGGGCAAAAAGACCGCCGACUGCAAGGGCAAGAAACUGAUUAAGAUCCCCCAAAACAUGAGCAACGAAAUGCAAGUGAUUGACUUCUCCCAUAAUCAAAUGGCCGAGCUUCGCAACGAGGAAUUCCAGCUGGCGGGUCUACAAAAUCUCCACAAAUUGUAUUUGCGCAAUUGCACCAUUCAGGAGGUGAAUCGCGACGCAUUCCGCGGCCUCACCAUCCUCAUCGAGCUGGACAUGUCGAACAAUCACAUCCGGGAGCUGCAUCCGAAUACGUUCAAGAGCCUCGACAAGUUGCGCAACGUGAUCAUCAACAACAACGAGAUCGAAGUCCUCGAGAGCGGUCUCUUUACCAAAUUGCAUUUCCUGUCGCGUGUCGAGUUCAACAACAACCGCCUGAAGCAGGUCCAACUGAACGUCUUUGGUCGUCUCGAUCUGCUCAAAUCCAUAUCGCUGGAGAGCAAUAAACUGACGCAUUUGAGCAAGGAAACGUUUGCGGAUCUACCGAAAUUAAAUUAUCUCUCGCUGCAGGGAAAUGCAUGGAACUGCAGCUGUGAACUUCAGGAGUUUCGGGACUUUACCAUUGCCAAUCGUCUGUACACGCCACCCACCGAUUGUCACGAUCCUCCGCAACUGCGUGGCAAACUGUGGAGCGAGGUUCCCUCGGAGAAUUUCGCCUGCCGGCCGCGUCUGCUCGGUGAGGUGCUCAACCAUGUGGAGAGCAAUCGGGGAAAUAUUACUCUUCCAUGCCAGUUCAUGGGCAGUCCGCUCCCGAAUGUCACCUGGAUCUACAACAAGCGUCAGCUCAAUCCCAGCCACAAUGAUCCCCAUGUGCGCAUCAACACCAACGAGGUGCAGUCGACGGUGCAACAAAAGUUGACCAAGAUCGUUGUCUCCGAGCUGCACAUCUACAAUGUCCGAUCCUCGGACAAGGGCAUCUACAUCUGUGUGGCCGACAAUCGCGGAGGGAAAGCCGACGGGGAGUUUCAUCUGAUGAUCAACGGUGAUCACAUGGCCAUCACAGGGAAUUCGGAUGGUCUUAGCCUGGGCAUGAGCGGGGCAAUUGGCGCCUCGACCAGCGAUCAACAGACGAGCAUCUUUUUGUUCAUUUGCGUCAUUGCCACCACCGUUUUGGUGGUGCUGAUAUUUCUGGUAUUGGGCCUGUUCUGGUAUUGUCGUCACAUUAAGACCUAUCAGAAGGACAACACCAUCGGUGAUGGUUUAAUCUCGUGCAAACUGGAUAAGACGCAUAACAGCUCCAUGCUGGAGGGUUCGGUCAUUAUGGAGAUGCAAAAGAGCCUCCUCAACGAAGUGAAUCCCGUGGAGAAGCCGCCACGACGCACCGACAUCGAGAGCGUUGACGGUGGCGACGAUGGACAUGAGAUCAAGAAGACGCUGCUCGACGAGACGGCAUACGCCAAUCACUCGCGUGACGACGAAACGCACUCGGUGGCUUUAUCGGACACAACAACGACGCCCCGAUCACGUCACACCUAUGUGGACGAUACGUACGGCAAUAGCUUGCCCCCGGAUCUAUUAGCGUUCCCGGCACGCGUUCCCCCGACCUCACCGUCGAUGCAGUCCUCACAGUCGAACAUCCCCGACCAGGUGCUGUACGGAAUCCGUUCGCCGCCGCCGCUGACGAGUCCCGUGUACGCGCACAUGACACCGCACGGCAUUUAUGGGACCACAACGAUUGCGGCGGCCACACACAACGGAUUCAUGACACUACAGCACCCGAAGUCACGCAAUCUGGCGCUCAUUGCCACCGCAAACAGCCGCCAUCAGUUGCAGCAACAGCAGCAGCAACAACAGGCGCAACAACAGUUGUUGCAUCAGCAUCAGCAAUCGGCAGCAGCAGCAUCUCCAUUUUUGCCCGCACCCGUUGUUUACUCGCCAGCCACCGCGGUGGUGAUGAAACAGGGCUACAUGACAAUUCCCCGCAAGCCGCGUGUCCCCAGCUGGGCGCCAAGCACCUCAGGUGCAGCGGCAGCCGCUGCCGCAGCAGCAUCGCAUGCUGCUGCCACACAGCUGAGCGAGUUCCAAUCACCGACAUCGCCCAAUCCCAGCGAGACGGGCACUGCGACUACGGCGGAGUUGCAGGCGGAACCGGUUUACGAUAAUUUGGGACUUCGGACCACGGCGGGCGGCAACUCGACGUUGAAUCUGCACAAGGCACAAAGCACUCAAGGUGUGGCAACAGCAUCGCCGCAACAGCAACAGCAGCAACAGUACACGAUGAGGGAUCGUCCGUUGCCGGCCACGCCCAGUUUGACGUCGGUGGCAUCGGCGGCGAAUGCGAGCAAGAUCUAUGAGCCGAUACACGAGUUGAUCCAGCAACAGCAGGCGAUGCAAGCACAGCAGCAACAGUUGCAGCAACAACAGCAGCAGCAACAGCAACAGCAACUGUACAACUCGGAGACGGAGCCAUUGUAUGGAGCCAGGCAUCAUGGCAUCACGAUAUUGCCGGGCUCAAGCAUCAGCGGUGCUGGCCUCGGUUCCCCAUCGUCCGUCUCCGCCUCCGUUGUAUCGGGUGCUCUGGGUGGAUCACCGACGCAUGGAGCGCAAGGCGCGGACUCGCCGAAGAUAGCAAAGAUACCACCGCGACCACCACCGAAGCCCAAGAAGAAAAUGUCCGUGACGGCGACGCGCAGCGGCCAAGGCAGCACAAGUCAGCUGUUCGAUGAUGAGGGCGAGGAUGGCACCGAGGUUUAGUUUGGUCAUUGCCACAAGCAAUGCCACGUAACGACGAAUUCAUCAUUCGAAAUGCCUUUUUAGCAGAAUCAGAAACCGAAGCAGAAGCAGAAGCAGCAGAAAAAGAAAAAGAAACAGCAGCAGCAGAGAUAAGAGCAGUGACAGUGACAGUAGGAGUAACAUUAACAGGAGCAGUAACAGUAACAGUAACAGCAGGAGUAACAUUAACAGAAGCAGUAACAGCAGCAGUAACAGUAACAACAGCAGUAACAGUAACAGCAAGCUUAACAGCAACUGAUCGCAGCUAACUAACAGCAGUAAGGCAGCUAAUGUAAACUAACAGUGCUUUUAACAUUGCAGCUGGAGCUAACAGCAGAAUGGCAGCUAAUGUAAACUAACAGUGCUUGCAGCUGGAGCUUUAACAACUGUUAUCUGUGUUAACUGCAUUCUCGUUAACACCAUUCACGCUCUCUGCCACUUGCUCUCUCACUCUCUCUCUCUCUCACACUCUUUAUCUAUCUCUAUCUCGCCCGCGCAAUUAGCGUGACUUGUGUGCCAAACCGACUGAUGUAGAAUUUAGUAAUAAACAAAAACAAAAUCGAAGAGUACGAAUGAAGGAAAUCAAGCAAGACGAACCACACACAACAAACAAACAAAUAGCAAAGAAAACCGUGAAAAAAAUGCAUGCAGUAUAUACUAAAUAUCAUAUGUGUGGUAUUUAGGCGAAAAGCAAAUACAUAAACAGCAGAGACAGGCAACAAGAAGAAAAAGAAGCAGAAACAGUAGCAGAAAAAGUAAAAGUAAAAGAAAAGCCCAAAAUACAUAUUUAGCACAACACACAGUAUGUAAAAAUCCCAUUUUAAUACUAAAUAAACCAUAUACUAAUCUUUUUUUUUUUUUGUGUAGGCUAGUUAGUUUGGUACAAAAUGCAUAAAUUACAUAUAUAAUUAUAUAUAUAAAAACAUUUAUAUAAACCUAAGCAACUCUAUAUACAAGUAUAUAAAGAAAAGAUAUAUAUACAAUUAUAUAUAGAAAGAUGGAAGGCGAAUAAUAAGUUUUAAUUCUCGAAACAAGUUUAUUCAAAAGACGCAACAAGAAAUGCGAGAGAGAAAGAAAAAUACAGAAAUCAAUUCACGUUAAAAGUUUUAUAAAAUUGUAAAUUAUUUAAAGUAUGUAUAUGCAUAUAUAAAUAUAUAAAUUUAUAUAUCUAAAUUAAUUUAAAUUACAAUUAAACAAUUACAAUUAAACGGCAAGUAAAUACUUAGGCAUAGUUCAAUCCCACAAAAUAUACAUAACAUAUAGUAUAUGUAUUAUGUAUGUAGUAUAUAUCUUUUUUUUUUUGAGAGAGAAUAUAAUGUGUGUUUUUUUUUUAAUAAACUAAAUGAAAUCGAAGCAGAAUUAUAUAUAGAGUACAUAUAAAUAUGUAUGCAUUAGCUGUAAUGUAAUGUAAUGAUGAUAAGUGUAAUGUAUUAUGUACUAAUUUGCAUUCGCAACUAAAAAACAAAACAGAAAAUGAGAAGGAGAUGGAAUGAUGUAUGUUAUAGAGAUAGAGAUUUCUAACUACCAUAUAUGUAUGUGUGUAUAAUUCCCCCCGCUCCCCACUCCUAUAUAUUAUAUGUAUGUGUAUGUGUAAAGCAAGAGAAGAGAAGAGAGAAUAUUAAUUGCGUACAUACUAUAUAUAUAAACACGCAGCAUACAAAAUAUAUAUAUACGUAUGCUAAAUAAAUUUACAUUAAUCGAUAACAAUUACAAUUAAACAGUUACAACUAAUUACGAUUUAAAUGUUAAACGAACCACUUCAUACGAGACAUAAGCAAAGCAUGUGUGCGACAGAGAUGCAUUGUAUGUACUCUAGCUGUACAACAUUACACAACACUGCAACGCAACGCAACGCGACACUACACAACACUACACGAUCCUACUGCAGCAGAAAAAAAGCAAAUAAAUGAUUACAAAACAAAAGUGAGGAGAAUUAACGUAAAAUAAAAAAGAAAAGAGAUUAAUUAUUAAUAAUAAUUAAAGUAAACGUAAAACGAUUUCAAUAUAUGAACAGAAAAACAAAACAAAAUUUUAAGAAAUUAAUUGUCAAAACGAAAAACGAAACAAAAAAAGAAGAUAAGAAACGAUAAUAGUUAUACUCGUACGCAUAGCUAACGUAGUUACAGGUACAGUUGCCCCCUGAGUUCCACAUUUGACUGCAGCACGAGACACCCUGUUCUUUUUUUUUUGCAUGCGCCGCUCGAGUUAACCUCAAAAAAAAAAAACAACUACACAUACAACAUGCAUUUUAAAUGAGCUUAACACACACACGCCAAUUAAUAAUUAAUUAAUUUCAUUUUAUUUACAUUAUUUGUUUAAAUUAAGUGAGACUCAUUUAAUUAGCUUAACACACACACUUAGCACAAGCUCAGUAAGGAAUUUCUUUAUGUUCGAUCCGGGGAGGAAAAGGCACUAAAUAGUCUAACUGACAAAAAGUUAAACCAAUUCGUGUAGUGCAUUAACAAAGUGAACUAAUUCAUUAAUCAAUUAAUUAGCCCCAAACUUGCCCCCCCAUUUAAUGAGAGUCAAAACGAAAAUCCCAAAACCAAUUUUAUUUUUUUUUUUUGAUUCGCCUAAGCAAAAAGUAUUAAAUAUUUUAUAAACAUUUUACAUUUUAAUUAUUAUAGUAAAUAUAUUGUAUUUUUUUCGAUUUUCUUCGAUAGCUUAUUAUUCCUUUUUUUUGUAUGUCAAGCUCGUCUUUGUGUAAACUAAUUAUUUUAGUAAUUCUUUUUUUUUUUUAUAUGCUUCACAUAUAUUUUUAAGUAUUUCGUUAGAAUUUUCUUACAAGCGCCGCACAUAAAAGAAGAAAAUAUAGGAAGAAAGGAUCUCGACAAAUGCUAAAAAUAUUUUGCAAAGAACGAAAAAGUUGCUAAAUCAAAACAAAAACAAAAAAAAAAACAAAAUAAUAAGAGAAAA